AUGCAUCGCUUUUUUACAGAGCUGGAGCCAUCUCUAUCCGUCACUGAGCAAAACCUGGCAGACCGAGUUCGGUACAUCCUGUGCUCCAACAUAUUUGGUGACGCCGAACUCGAACGACUACGACGUGAGGCUGUUCCCUCAUCGAAUGGAAACGCUACGGCUGGGAAUGCGGCGCCAAUAGUUGCGCAGCAAACUGCAUAUAUGGAUGCCGCCGUCAAUAUUCCAUUAGUGGUUGAUUCAGACGAUGAUGAAAUAGUCUCCCUCGAACUAGAGAAAAUUAUGAGCAUAUUGGAAGAGUCGAUGCUGGAACGCGCAGCAUGCCUCUCGAAAAUCGACCGACUUCCCCGCAUACCCCUUAGCAAGCGAAAUCGGACUGUCGUGCGGGCUCUUAACCCAAUGCUGGUGAUCUAUUUGGAAGCCAGCCGGGACCUUUGCGAGACGGACUAA